AUGGCCAGCGAGCUCAACAUGUACCAGGCGCAGGUCAACGAGUACAAGUACGAGAUCGAGCGGCUGGUGCGGGAACUCAACGAAAUGAAGCGGAAAUACUUCGAGGGCAAGCGCCGCGAGCAGAUGGAGCGCGAGCGCAGCCUCAAGCCGCCGGCGCCAUCGCCACCCAACCCCAACCAGCCUCGCUUCACGGGCGGCGGCUUUUCCCUAUCACAAUAG